CAUCUGGCUUCUAGAAAUAAACACAUCUAGCUCAAUGCUUUCCACAACGUUAUUGUUUUAAUGAUAGACCGAAGGAGCUGAAACAGCCAUUUUAAAUCUUUUAAUUCUUGCAGCUUUAGUAUUUUUAGCCAUUUUUUUUCCACAUCAUAGUAUCACACAGUAAUUAUAUUGAUUUUAAUUCGGGGGGGGGGGGGGAUUUUAGUGUGAUUUUUCUUCCCAUCAUUAAUUCUUUAUUUUUCCCCCACAUAAUUUCAUAAAACUAUGGUAAUCUUGCAACUGAGAUUUUUAUUAGUUUCAUUUUUCACAAGUAUCGUGGGAGAGGCCCAAUAUGUAAUGCAAGAUGCAGUACUAAUGCAUUACAUCGACCGGCGUUUUCUAUCUUUAGAGAGCAGGCUGGAAAAAUGCAACCAAGAUAUACUGGAUUAUGUACAAGAAUUCCAUGCCUUUUCAAGGAGGAUGAUAUUGCGCCUGGAGGGGCUGAGAGUUUACAAGGCUGAGUUUAAAAAUGAAGUGGCGCAUUUGCUAACAAGAGUUGAAAGAGCACAAAGGGACAUUGACUAUUUUGAAUCAACAAGAGAAUCUACUGCCUGUGUAGAAGUAGAUGAAGACCUGGUGGAAAAGCAGCUAAAUGAAGAUGCAGAAGAAAAAAGGAAAGUCAAGCUCAUGCUUAAUGCAAGCUGUGACAACAUGCUUGCAGGUAUCAAGUCCAUAAAGAUAGUUAAGAAGACUGGAGAUAUGCAUGGCUCUUGGAUGACAGAUCCAGGCAAAGACCAUCUGAAGAUUUAUUUCUUAAGUGGAUCCAAGAAUAAUGUUAUUUUGGAAUUUGCAAAUAUUCGGGCAUUCACGGAAAGGAAUCAUAAGCUAACACCACGGAGAGUUAACCUGCCAUCUUCCUGGCAGGGAACUGGCCAUGUUGUGUAUAAUGGUUUCCUGUUUUAUCACAUAUAUGACUCCUUAAAUGAGAUAGUGAAAUAUAACAUCCAGAGAAGAAAGGUAACUGAUAGAAUGCUCCUGCCGGGUGCUGGACAGAUUUCUGCCUAUGAACUGUUUCCUGAUACUAAAAUAGAUCUUGCUGUUGAUGAACAAGGACUGUGGGCAAUACAUGCAGAGCCAGACACGAGUGGAAACCUUGUCAUCACUAAAAUCAACCAUAUGACUAUGACUGUGGAGCAUACUUGGGACACAUCAUGCAAUAGCAAGAAUGCUGAAGGAGCUUUCCUGAUGUGUGGCACCCUCUAUGUUGUGUAUAACUCUCAUAGUGGGGGCACAUCUCGGAUUGAAUGUGUGUACGAUGUCUUAGACACUAUAAAUACUUAUGAAAUCCCCCUGUUACCUUUCCCCAAACGUCAGGGUAGCCAUUCCAUGAUACAUUAUAACCCCAAAGAAAAGCAGCUAUUUGCCUGGGCUAAUGGAUCCCAGAUCCUUUACAAACUUCAAACAAAGCAAAAAGUUUAAGAUCUUUAGGAACUUUACAAAGAUGAAUAUUAAAAUAAGCUUAAGGUCAGUGACCCAAGUUCUCUUCUCAGCUACCAUCACAGAAUUCCCCUUGCUUUUCCAUGUUCACUGUUAGAUGCUUUAUAUAUAAAUUAGAUGAUUUAUAUUAUACAGAUAAUUUUACAAUUUAUCAUACUUAUUUAAAAAUAUAGAGUUUUUAUCUCAUCUCGUGAAGAAACAAAUCUAUAACUUCUUGAGGAUUAAACAGAAGCUAUUCCCAACUGCUCGAACUUUCACUCUUUUUUCCCCGAAUUAAGGUUCAUAUGCUCACUUCUGCCUGGGCCCAGUCUCACACCCAUUAAAGACAAUGGAAAGACUCCCAUUGAUUUGAAAAAGAAUGGUAUCAGGCUUCAUAUACAUGCAGCAGGUGUCAAUAUUACAAUAUUUAAGUGACAAGAGAGUGGCAUUAUGUCUCCCCACAAAGCUAGCCACUCUAGUCACUCACAAACUACUAGCUGCAGAUCAGAGUUCCUGCAAGCAUCUCCCACCCCCCUUUUUUUU